AGCCGACACAGCUCCGGUCACAUCGAGUCCUCUCGCCAUGGGCGCAACGCAGGGAGCUAGCGCAGACCGCGCCGGGCAGGACCAGGUCGUCUUCCAAAAGGCCGUGGCAUCUACAGCACGGACCUUGGGCCGCUAUGGCGGCGUGCUGCUGCAGGCCAGCACGGCGCUGGAUGGCUCCUUGCUCUUCGCGGGCGCCGCCGGGACUCUGAGCACUGGAGCCAGGUCCAACAUCUCGGUGGGGGACACCUUCGAGGUGGCCUCUGUCACCAAGAUGGUCACGGCCACGGUCAUCCUUCAGCUGGAGGACGAGGGGCUGCUGCGGCUGGACGACCCCUGGACCUCGGUGAAGGAUGGGGCCGUGAAGGCCAAGGUGCAGGAGCACGUGCCCACUUGGCCCUUUCAGCGCUUCGGAGACGUUACAAUCCUGCAGCUGCUCCAGCAUACCAGUUGUUUGCCCAACUUCUGGGACGAUGACUCCGAGUUCAUCAAGGCCUUUGAAGCGGACCCGAACCGUCUUUGGAGCACCUGGGAGUUGCUGAGCUACGCGGCGGACAUGGCCAUGCCUUUCCCGGCCGCGAAGCGGGGCACGGCGGAGGCCUUCCAUUACGCGGACACGAACUACUUGCUGCUUGGGCUCGUUGUGGAGGCUCUUACCUCCAGCCCCCUGCCAGCGGCCUUUCGGGAGCGAGUGUUCACGCCCGCUGGCAUGUCCCGGCAGGGCACGUACUGCGAAUUUCUGGAAGAUCGGCCGCAAGAUGCUCCGCCUUUGGCCGCACGCUACUUUGGCAAGCUGCAGAUCACUGGGAACAAACAGCACUCUGCGGACUCUUUCGCAGCGGGAGGUAUCGUGUCUACUGCGCAGGACCUUGAGAAGUUCAUGGGCGCGCUUGCCAGCGGGAGGCUGUUUCCACUCGGCGGGCAAAGGACGUUGCACAAGAUGAUGUCCUGGAUUCCGGCCAAGCGUGGCAAAGGAUUUUGGUAUGGCCUGGGCCUCAUGCGGGUGGAUCUCGAAGAUCAGGCGGGCUUCUUCGAACGCUUCUCGCGGUCCAAGCCGCGGGGGUACAUCUGGGGCCACGAGGGCUUUGGGGGCGCCUUCGCGUGGUACUGGGUGCCAGGGCCAGAGGAGGACGGGCUCAUCCUCACGGGCACCACCAACAACGAGGUGCGGAACUAUGGCGAUCUUAUUGUGAAGGUUGUGAAGCAGGUCCAAAAGAAGAAUGCCGCCUUGCGCGCCCUCAAGCCCAAGCCUUGAAUUCAUCCAGCCGUGAAGGCCUUUUGUCUCUGGCCGAGCCCGGAGUAAGGAAUUUGUUCAGUCGUGACCCACGAACUUUGGUGCCUUUUGUACAUGCCCUUCACUCUUUGCUUUGGAAAGCUGGCGAGGAGUGAGGAAGCCUCACUUUCGGACAGGCAUUGAUUGCUAG